AUGUCGUCAACGUUUCCUCUUCUCCGUGUGCCUCAAGUAGUCUUUUCCGAAAUAGUUCAAGCUUUGACUCCGACUGAUCUAACUCUACUUGCUCUGUGCUCUCGAAGAGCGUUUAAUCUUGUUAAAAGUUUCUGGAAAAAACCAAAAAAUGCUAGGCUAAGGAUGGACGGUCGAUACCGAUUCCAUGCUGCUAUAAUAAUCGGAUACAUGUAUUAUGCUCUAUUACACGUAUCAAGUAUCCAGAACAUUCCGGAGCGUCCAGUUGAAUUUGUUGAAAUCAGGGGAACGAAAGUGCCAAUUGGGUACUUUGAGACCGGAAAUUGGCCCAGAAAAUAUUUUGUGACUUAUUGGGAAGAUAGAGAAUUUGGAUUCAAAACAGUUAUGGAUUUUGUUUCAGAACUGUUCAGUACUGAUAUUCACACAGUAGAGUUUUUAUAUGAUACAUAUUGGUGUUUUGAAUGGGUUCAAAGUCGUCAAAAGACUGUGAAUCGUGCAUGUCUAGGAGAAGGAAUGCCUAUUGAGUACUUGGAAUACCAUAAAAUAUUGGAAACCUGUACAGCUGAGAAUCUUACUCUUCAUGCAUUCCUGUUUCAAGAAGAGUCUCCGAAGGAACUCACUUUCAAGAAGAGAAACCAUCUUUCUAUAUACAAAACAUAUUGGGUUGAAGUCAAACAUUUGAUAAUGAUGGAUUGUGUCGAAAUAGUAAUUGAACAGCCUUUUCUGGAAAUCUCGGAUCUAGCGGAGUUCUUGAAGCACUGGCUGAACGGAGGAAACGGAAGAUUGAAGUAUUUAAGUAUCAAAAGGCGAAUGGAUUUUGAUACGAAUGAGUUUUGUCAACGGGAAUUUCCAGAGAACGUGGUUUUUGUGAAUGAAGAAAGAGAGUAUGAAAGUGAACUUGUACAAACCGGUGUGAUUCCAAAAGGAUAUGGUCUGAAGCGGAACGAUGGAGCUAUUGCUUCAAUUUUCUGGAAUCGUCCUUUUAAUAGCUUUGCUAUGUACGUACCCACUGAUAUCAUGAUCUGA